AUGGCUAAUAUAUAUUUCCUUAUAUUAUUCUAUGUUCUAUGCGGAUAUACAAUCGGUAUAUCUGUUCAUAAACGUUCAAUUGAACCUAACCAACGAAUAGAUUGUUUUCCAGAUGCUGGCUCUCAAUUUGCUGGUUAUUCGAAGGAGGCAUGUCUUGCACGUAGUUGUCUAUACGAUGAAUGGACGCCACCAAACACUGCACAGUGUUAUUUAUCACCAAACUAUGGAUAUAUUCUGAAACAAGAUCCUCAACAAACAGAAAAUGGUAUUCGACUACGAUUACGACGAAAUCGGGCAGUGGGUAGUAUGUACCCAGACGCAAUCGAAAAUGUUAUUCUCGAUAUAGAGUAUUAUACAAAUGAUAUACUUAGAUUUAAAUUGUAUGAUGAAGAUAAUGAACGAUAUGAAGUACCUAUUCCAUUAGCUUCUUCGCCCGGUCGAGCUUCAUCUACUCAAUAUGAAUUUAAUUAUUGGUCGGAUCCUUCACGUGAUAAUAUUCUGUCAUUUUCUGUGAAACGUGCUUCUGAUCAAGCUAUAUUAUUUGAUACAUCUCUUGGUGGUCUUAUACUCAAUGAUCAAUUUCUUCAAAUUGUUACUCGACUUCAAUCACCACAUAUUUUUGGAUUCGGUGAAAACAAUCAUGAAACAUUAAAACAUGAUGUCAAGGAGAAGCGAACAUGGGGUAUCUUUGCUCGAGAUCAAGGUACUCAUUGGGCUAAGAAUACUAAUCACUAUGGUUCACAUCCAUUUUAUCUUGUUAUGGAACAACAAUCAAAUUCAUCUGAUAUUCCAUCAGGUAAUAUGCAUGGUGUUCUAUUAUUGAAUUCAAAUGCUAUGGAUUAUUCAUUUUCACCUACACCAUCAUUAACUAUGCGUACAAUCGGUGGUAUUCUUGAUUUUUUUGUAUUUCUUGGUCCAAAACCAGAACAAGUUAUUCAACAAUAUACAUGGCUUGUUGGUCGAUCAAUUUUACCGCCAUAUUGGUCAUUUGGUUUUCAACUUGCUCGUUGGGAUUAUGGAAAUUUGACACAUAUGAAAAGAGUUGUUCAACGUAAUUUAGAUGCUGGAAUUCCAAUUGAUAUUCAAUAUGCUGAUAUUGAUUAUAUGGAUGCUGAAAAAGAUUUUACAAUUGAUCCAAUCAAUUAUCGUGGCUUAAAAGAAUAUUUUGAUCAACUCAAUAAUGAUGGUAUGCGAACAAUUGUCAUUUUAGAUCCAGGAACUAUUGAUGAUCAACGUUACUAUGCUCCAACAAUUGAAGGUAUUCAAGAAGAUGUCUUUAUCAAAUGGGAGGAUGGACAAUUAAUGAAAGGAGCUUGUUGGCCAGGUGAAGUAUUCUUUCCAGAUUUCUUAACAAAUCGAACUCAAGCAUGGUGGAUACGAUGGAUAAAGAAUUUUCAACGUGCUAAUCUUACAUUUGAUGGACUUUGGAUCGAUAUGAAUGAACCUGCUCUAUUCGACACAAAUGACGAAAAACCAUGGAAUUCAAUUGAAACUGGUAGUAAUCAUACUCUAAAAUGUCCAUUUAAUCGUUUUGAUGAUCCUCCUUAUCGAACGAAAGCUGCGUUUGGUUACGAUGGAGGAUUGAGCAAACCAAGUCGUCUUUCCGAUCGUACUCUCUGUAUGUCAGCUCAGCAAGGUGAAAUCGAUAUAAGAACGGGUAAACCAAAAUAUCGUCAUUAUGAUGUACACAAUUUAUACGGUUGGAGUCAAACAAAACCGACAUUAGAUGCAAUGCAACAAGUUACGGGCAAACGAAGUUUAGUUUUACCACGUUCAACUUUUGUUGGUUCAGGUCAAUGGAGUGGCCAUUGGCUUGGAGAUAAUGGUGCAACAUGGGCUCAAAUGAAACAAUCAUUAAUUGGAAUGGUUGAAUUUAAUUGGUUUGGUAUACCAUUUAAUGGUGCAGAUAUUUGUGGUUUCGAUCAAACACCAAAUGAAGAAAUGUGUAUUCGUUGGAUGCAACUCGGUGCUUUUUACCCAUUUUCCCGAAAUCAUAAUGCUUGGAAAAAACCUGAUCAAGAUCCUGCUUCAUGGACAUCAUAUGCAGUAAAUAUAAUGGCGUCUGCUCUUCGUAUUCGUUAUACACUUCUUCCUUACUAUUAUACAUUAUUUUACAAAGCACAUACACAAGGUUCAACAGUAAUUCGACCAUUAUUUCAUGAAUAUCCAACUGAUAGAACAACACUUGAUAUUUUUCUUCAAUUUUUAAUUGGAUCUCAUGUAAUGAUAGCACCUGUAACUGAUGAAGGUGCUGAACAAGUUCGAGUUUAUAUUCCAUCAACACAUUGGUAUAAUUAUUAUACUGGUUCACGAAUUAUUGCACAAAAACAAUUUAUAUCAAUGCCAGCACCUUUAAAUACAAUUCCGAUUUUAUUAAGGGGUGGAAUAAUUAUUCCAACACAAGAAUAUGCUAAUAAUACAAAAUUUUCAAGAAAACAACCAUUUAAUCUAACCAUUGUACUUGAUUCAUAUGGUAAUGCUGAAGGUGAUCUUUUCUAUGAUGAUGGUGACUCAAUUGAUACGAUCAGUACAAAAUCUUAUUUUUAUGCUGUAUAUAAAUGGUCAUCAAAAGAUCGUCAAUUGUCUAUAAAUGUUAUUGAAAAUAAUUAUUCAGAAAUGUCAAAUUUAAUCUUGAAUGCAUUGAAUAUCUAUGGAAUGGAUGAAAUACUAACUACAAUUAAUGUUAAUAAUAAGCAAUUUGAACCAAUCAAACGACCUAAUACUCAAAUUAUUGAUAUUAAAGAAUUGGGAUUAUCAAUGAGUCAAAAUCAUACUUUUACAUGGCAAAUUUCAGAAAAUGCAACUAUCGAAGCACCUGCAAUUAUCUUUGCUAAUCCAAAAUAUCGAGUAGAUUGUUUUCCUGAUUCUGGUGCAAGUGAUCAUACAUGUAUUGCUCGUGGAUGUGCUUGGGAUUUAAGUCAAGGACCAGGUAUCGUAGCUUGUUAUGUUCCCAAAGAAAAAGGUGGUUACGGCAUGACAAAACCAGCAAAACAAAUUUCUGAUGCUGUCACUCAAUAUUCACUUGAUCGUCUUUCAAAAACAAAUUUCUCCUUAUAUGGCAAGGAUAUUGAAAAUUUAAAUGUUCAAGUCAGUGUUUCAGGUUCUUCUAAAAUACGUAUGACAAUACGUGAUUCAAAUGCAGAACGAUAUGAAGUUCCUGUACCUAUACAAUGGCAUCCAAUGGUUCCAACUAACAGUUCUCCAGCUCAAUUUAAAUUUGAAAUAACUAAAACUGUUAAUGAACAAAUUGGUUUUAGAAUUCGACGUACAAGUACACAAUCAAUUCUAUUUGAUACUUCAUUAUUUGCAGAAGGUUUUAUUUAUGAUAAUCAAUAUAUUCAAAUAAUAACAACAACUCCAUCGAGAAAUAAUUAUGGUUUUGGUGAAAAUACUCAUCGAACUUUUCGACAUACUCUUAGAGAUUCACUUCGUUAUGGCAUAUUUGGUCGUGAUCAACAACCAUAUGGAGGAAAUGAAAAUUUAUAUGGUGCUCAUCCAUUCUAUAUGGGUAUUGAAGACGAUGGACAGGCUUUUGGUGUUCUUAUUUUUAAUUCAAAUGCACAAGAUUAUAAAUUUGAUGAAUUUGCAGAUAAUCAAGCCACGCUUACUUAUCGUACAAUAGGUGGAAUUUUAGAUGUACUCUUUUUUGCAGGACCUCGUCCGGAAGAUGUUAUUAGACAAUAUCAAGAAGUGAUUGGUAAACCAUAUAUGCCACCUUAUUGGGCACUUGGCUUUCAACUUUGUCGAUAUGGUUACAAUUCAUUAGAAAAUAUGAGAGCAGCUAUGUGGCGAACUCUGGAUGCAGGUAUUCCUCUCGAUGUUAUGUAUGGUGAUAUUGAUUACUUUGACAAACGACUUGAUUUCACAUGGGAUCCUGAAAAUUUCCAAGGCUUACCUGAAUAUGUUGAUUGGUUACAUGCACUUGGAAUGAAAUUUAUUACAAUUCUUGAUCCAGCUAUCGAUUCUGAAGCAAAAAAUUAUGAUGUUUUUACUAGAGGACAACAAAAAGAUAUUUGGAUUAAAUGGCCAACACAUCGAAAUAUUCAAUUUAACGAAACUGGAAAUAGAAAUAUGCUCGGUUAUGUAUGGCCUGAUGGUAAGACUGUAUUUCCUGACUUUUUCUAUCCACCAGCAAAAGAAUGGUGGAAAUCUGAAAUUCUCGCUUAUUAUUCAAAACUUAAAUUCGAUGGUCUUUGGAUUGAUAUGAAUGAACCAGCAAAUUUCGAUACAAACGCAAAUAGACCUUUUAAUUAUCCUGAUUAUAAACCAGAUUGGAAUUUACACUGUCCUAAAGAUGAACCAUUAGAAACACCAAAAUAUAAAACAGCUAUUCUAGGACAAUAUCUAUCAGAUAAAACUAUGUGUAUGAUUGGUGAACAAACAGAUGGUCAAGGCAAAAUCUAUAAACAUUAUGAUGUACAUAAUCUUUAUGGAUGGUCAGAAACAGUAGCUUCAUUACCAGCAGCACGUGCUACUGACAAUAAACGAUCUGUUGUAAUCAGUCGAUCAACAUUUCCUACAUCCGGUGCACUGAGUGGACAUUGGUUAGGUGACAAUCGUGCAGAUUGGGCACAUCUUAAAUAUAAUAUUAUUGGAAUAUUAGAAUUCAAUUUAUUUGGUAUUCCAUAUGUUGGCGCAGAUAUUUGUGGAUUUGAAGCAGAAACAACCGAGCAAAUGUGUCAACGAUGGAUGCAAUUAGGUGCUUUUAAUCCAUUCUUUCGAAAUCAUAAUGGUUUAAAUUAUCGAGAUCAUGAUCCAGGAAAUUGGGCUGCACCUGCUGUCCGUUCAAAUCGUCGUGCUGUCGAAAUACGUUAUACUCUUAAUCCAUAUUUAUAUACAUUAUUUCAUCAAGUUCAUAGAAGUGGUGGAACUGUUGUUCGUUCAAUGGCACAUGAAUUUCCUUCAAUACCAGAAUGUUGGUCAAUUGAUGAACAAUUCUUAUGGGGAUCAAAUUUACUUAUUGCUCCAGUUAUUUAUGAAAAUCAUUCGGUUAAAUCCGUCUAUUUACCAACAACGGAACGAUGGUUUGACUAUUAUACUGGUGAAGAACAGAAAACACUCGGUCAAAUCACUGUUUCAGCACCAUUAGAUCAUAUUCCAUUAUUUUUACGUGGUGGAGCUAUUAUACCUCAUCAACAAUCAGCUAUGAAUACGGUAUUAUCAAGACAGAAACCAUUCUAUCUUAUUAUAGCUCUUGAUAAGAAAGAAAAAGCUCAAGGAGAUCUAUUUUGGGAUGAUGGUGAAUCUAUUGAUACAUAUGAAACGUCUAAUUUCAAUCAUUUUAUUUUUACAUAUAAUUCUCAACGUUUAACUCUUGAACCAUGGUCAUAUGAUUAUCCAGAAAUGGAUAAGCAAAUUAAAUUAGAAGAAAUCAAAAUAUUUGGUAUGAAUAAAGAACCAACUAGAAUUACAUUAAAUGGACAAGAUUUAAAUCCAACAACACAAUGGACAUAUGAUAAUGAGAAGAAAAUUUUGAAUAUGAAACAACUUACACUCGAUAUGUCCAGUACACACAAAAUUGUUAUGAUUUAA